AUGGCAGCCAUAUUCGCUACUCGGCAGAGAAGGCAGCUACCAUUUAUAGGGGGAAUCGACAUCAGACACUUUAUAACAAAGCCGCCGCGGCCGGUCCGAGCCGCCGCGCGCUCCCUUCCUCCACCCGCCCCGCGGGCCUGGGGUCCGAAAGGGCUCCGCCGGGUCAGUAACCGAAUUGGCUUAGGUUUGCUUUCUCCGCACCCCCCACCUCCGCCGCACACGCCCUCCCGGGAAUGGCGAGCUGUAAUUAACCCUUUAGAGCCCCGGAAGACCCCGUCGGCGGCGAGUGGCCCCCGGGUCGGCUGCUGGGCCGCAGAAGCUCCGCAGACGGGCGCGAGGGCCGCCCAGGGCCAGGUGGAUGCCGGCGCUGCUGGCCCGCCGCCGGUGGGGGCGAGCCGAGUGCGGGGAUGGCGCCCGAGCGGCGCCGAGGUGCCAUCCGGCACUCCCCUCCUCGUUCGCCGUUCUCUCCUCCUCUCCCGGAGCUCCUGGCCGCCGAGCUGCCGGGGGCACGCCGGGCUGGAGUUUUCCUCUCACUCCCCCUAG